UUUAUUGCUAUGUUUCCCAGCGUGAAAGUUGGCUAGUUUAACGAGAAAGAAAAUACGUCGGAAACUGCGCGCAUGUUGGUGGAAAUCUUGCGAAAGGUGUCAGUUGCCAGCGAGUGUCGGUCCCGAGCAGGCCUCCCAGUGUGACCAACGAUCGCUAUGCGACGAGGCGACUGGCAGGUCAGGCGCGAUAUUCGCAGUUUGCUGACCUAGUAAUCGGAGAAAUAUUUACCGCGACAUGAUCACCGACUGCUCGUCGGUGCCAUAAAAGCAGCACGCUGUCGUCGAGGUACUACUUCAAGAUGCCGUUCAAGAAAAGCCGGAAGCCAGGCAAGGUGCUUCCAGUUCGCGUUUCGACGAUGGACGCCGAGCUGGAAUUCGAUCUCGACCACAAGGCGACCGGGCAGGAGCUUUUCGAUUUGGUCUGCCGGACAAUCGGGCUGAGGGAGAGUUGGUACUUCGGUCUCCAGUACGUGGACGCCAAGAGCUUCGUCGUCUGGCUCAAGCUCGACAAAAAGGUCCAGGACCAGGCAGUGCCCAAGCAGAGCCCCCUGGUGCUCCUGUUCCUGGCCAAGUUCUAUCCGGAGGACGUGUCGGAGGAGCUGAUCCAGGAGAUCACCCAGCACCUGUUCUUCCUCCAGGUCAAGCAGGCCAUCCUCAACAUGAAUGUCUACUGCCCACCCGAGGCCUCCGUGCUCCUAGCCUCCUACGCCGUGCAAGCAAAGUACGGAGACUAUGACGAGGCAUCAUACACUCCGGGAAUGCUGGCCAACGACGACCUGCUGCCCCAACGGGUCAUCGACCAGUACCAGAUGACGCUGGAGAUGUGGGAGGAGCGGAUCAAGAUCUGGUACGCCGACCACAAGGGCAUGACCCGGGACGAAGCUGAGAUGGAGUACCUCAAGAUCGCCCAAGACUUGGACAUGUACGGGGUCAACUACUUUCGUAUAAGCAACAAAAAAGAGACGGACCUUUGGCUCGGAGUCACUGCCCUGGGUCUGAACAUCUACGAAAAGAACAACAAGCUCUGCCCCCGGAUCACCUUUCCCUGGAGCGAGAUCCGGAACAUAUCCUUCGACGACAAAAAGUUCAACAUCAAGCCUGUGGAGAAGAGUGCCCCCAGCUUCCAAUUCUACUCAUGCAAGAUAAGGAUGAACAAACUGAUCCUGGACCUGUGCAUCGGGAACCACGACCUGUUCAUGCGUCGCCGCAAGCCAGACUCGAUGGAGGUGCAACAGAUGAAGACUCAAGCCAAAGAGGAGAAGCUGCGUAGGCAGACGGAACGUAACAAGCUCAGUCGAGAGAAGCAGCUGCGUGAGGAAGUGGAGAGGGAGAAGGCGGAGCUGGAGCAGCGCCUACUCCACUACCAGGAGGAGGCCAGGGUGGCUCACGAGGCUCUGAGACGUUCGGAAGAGACGGCGGAGCUGCUCGUGGAAAAGUCUCGCAUCGCAGAAGAAGAGGCCAUGCUGCUCACUCAGAAGGCGGCAGAGGCGGAGGCCGAGAUCCAGAGGAUCAAGAUCAGUGCCAUCAAGACUGAAGAAGAGAAGAUCAUGAUGGAGCGGAAGGCCAGGGAGGCAGAGCUGCUGGCAGCGCGGAUGAUCGAGGAGUCGGAGAGGAGGGCUCAGGAGGCCCACCAGCUGAAGGACGAGCUGUUCCAGGCCCGGCUGGCCGAGAAGCAGGCCAAGGAGAAGCUGUUGGGCAUCUUCAGGAGCCCCUACGAGUCGUACGAGAACUCGGUGGUGGUGCCGGAGUCUCCCGUGGGGGGCGGCCCCCGGGACCUGAGCAGCUUCACCGUGGACGGCAUGCACUCCCCGGUGACCAUCAGCUGCGACCUCACCACGGACUCGGACAUGGCCCAGCUCUCCAUGGAGAUCGAGAAGGAGAGGGUGGAGUACCUGGAGAAGAGCAAGCACCUGCAGGAGCACCUGCAGGAGCUCAAGUCUGAGAUAGAGGUGCUCAAAGUGGAGGAAAAGCUCACCUCCAUGGACCUCAUCUACGAAGACAACGUCCUCAAGGGGGAGAACAAAUAUUCUACUUUAAGGAAGACCAAGUCCGGAUCAACCAAGGCAAGAGUGGCAUUCUUCGAGGAGUUAUGAUGAUUGCUCUACACUCCCGGGUGACAUGGUCGACCCGGUUUUCGACGUAGAAAUUCCGGCACUGUGGCCUUGCCUAGGAGGUGUUGCAUGCCUCAUCCAAGGAGGGCUGCCCCCUGCAAGGGACAAACGCCAGCAGCUGGCUGCAACCACCCGCUUUUACCCUUUUUAUUUUUUUAUCGAGCCUCGAGUCGCUUUGUAAAUUUUGUAAAUAAAUGACCGCAUCUCCA